CUACGUUACUUAAUAUCGAUGGAAUAGAUGUAUCUCAUCCAACAUUACAACAUCCAAAAAUGGAUUAUUUGGCAUAUUUAAGAUAUGUUGACUUCAAUAUGGUGUAUCGUGCCGUACGCAUGUGGGUUAGCCAUCAAACAUUGAAUGAACCUUUUCAUUUAGAGCUUAAGAAAAGACAAAGCAAACAAUCGAGUCGUAUUGUGGAGGAAUUAGGAAAACUUUUCACAAAUAGAUCUUCAUUAUAUAAAAUAUCACUUAACACCAGCGCUUUGGAAGACAUGCCGAAAGAUGAAGAACCGGAUUAUAAAUCAUGGCCAUGUUAUUCAGCACGCAAUUCAAUGAGUGAGCUUCGAGAAUUUGUAUGCGGGGGUCAGUUCGCGAAAGAUAAUAUUUUGCAGAAAUUAGCAGAAUUGUGUAAUGAAAUUGAGAUCGUCUCUAUUUAUGAUUCUUGUGGAACAUCACCACAAACCUUGAUUAAUUUUAUUAAAGCACAAAAGAGAUUAAAAGAAUUAAUC